ACUUAGCAAAUCGAGUGACGCUGUCAGCUGAUUAUCAAAUACUAAACUUGAGGAACAGAGACAAUGGUGCAGAUAUAGUGUGUGGGGUAGUGACAGUCGAGUUGGAGGCACUGUCAAUGUGGAGUCCGGGUCAGGUUUGACAGGGUCACUGUUGAUGUGGAGCAGUACUAUGUGUUUCUGGUUUUACCCUAUGUAGUGAUCGGCCGGGGGAUUCUAUAACAUAUAUCUCCACGGGACCAGCAUCGUCUCAUAAAAACCUCACAGUGCAGGCGGUGGAUAGCAUGGGGGAUUUGUCAUCCCCUAAAAGGCGGGAAGUUUUUGAUCGUCUGCGAAGGAGAUACGAAUUUUAUCGCCGCCAUCAAAACGGGUCAUUGAGGAGAUUCGAAAACACAAUAAACGGUUUGUACGAACAACAACGCCAAGACACUGUUCUAUUACAUCAACGAUGGCUGGAGAGCAGGGCUAAGAAAGUCUCAAAGCAGUCCAAGGCGAGCAAAGAUUCCAGCGCCGGACACGGGACUGACCCCCGUAACCUCGUAGUAACGCAACGUCUGAAAAAGAAGAUCGAUAGCAGCCAGACGGAAAACCCUCCAGUGGACACCAGCGCAUUUGACUUCGACGACAGUGACACAACUACAACAAAGAAGACCGUGAACGCAGGAUCACAGGGCCUUGACGUUUCUGUGCAUAUCGUCCAACAGAUUAGUGGCAAUUCCCACCCAGACCAAAAAAUCCAAACAAAUGUGAACGUUAGCACCACAGUCAAAACACACUAUUCUGGGGCACCUCCCGAACAGGGAAGUGCGCAGUCCUCAGCAAACGUCGAAACUAGCACGAGCUUUGAGUGUAAACAGGAGCAAGGCGCUGACGAUAUUCCAUGUGGUGGUUCUAAUCAGUCUGACUCCAGUCAUAAUUCGUCGGAUAUUCUUAACCAAGCCGAGUUAGAUGAUAUUCUAAACACAAUCGAUAACGGUGAUAGUGAGAUUAGUGACGAAUUGAUUGAGGAAUUGAAAAAGUUUGAUCAAAUUUAUACUAAAGUGUUACAAGAAGACAGUAAUGAUAGCCAGGACAAAAUGUUUAACAUGACUAGCACUUCUCCGGUGCUUCAAAAAGGCCCUGGACCAUAUCCUGACGCGACUCCUACUGGGUAUGACUCUAAUCAAAACUUGAAUCCAGUAAGAACUCCCCCAAUGCCACAGAACUUCCGGUCACAUUUAAGUGAGACCGGGCCGGCUGCCGAGACCCUCAAACAAAUGGCAGCCCAGCACCAAAGUCUUCAACAAGACGUGUACGGCAUGAAGACGAUGGAAGACACCUUUUCUCAGACAAACACCAAUUACCGCCAAAAUGGUUACCCACCGAACAUGAAUCAACAACAGCAUUUUCUUUCAUCGCAGCAGGCCGGUUAUCUAGGCCAACAACAUGGUAUUAACAGUAUGCGCGGACCGGUGCCGUACGGUCAGGGCAAGGCUGAUAUGAGUUUGACGUAUGGUGGGACGAAACCCCUUUCUCAUUACUCAACACCACAAGGCUCCUCUCAGCCAGCGACACCUUCAUCAUUACAACAACUUCAAAACCAGGUACAAGCACAUUUCGACCAGGGAACACAAAUGGAAAUUACACAAACACAACACAUGCAGGUUUCUGACGGUCCUCACCGCAUGCAAAUGUCGCAGACACAACAAUUACAGAUGCGACCGCCGCAUCAGAUAGCGAUGUCGCAACACCAGUCAUUUUCUAUGCCAGGUGGCAACAUGACUCCAAACCAGUCACAAUACAUGAACGAACAAAUGAAUAUGGAGAUGGUUGAAAAAAUGAGAAAACAACAGCAACAACACACCGCUCCGUCUCAGCAUCCAAAUCAACAACAACAGCAACAGUCGCAUCCUUCACAACCUACCCAUCCUCAACAACAGCAGCAGCAACAUGCUCAACAACAACGCUCACAGCAACAGCACACACAACAACAGCAAACAAUGAUUGACCGACAAGCAGCACAAAUGCAGCAGUACAUGGGCCGGCCACCGCCGGAGUACAAGAUGCAACCGUCAAGUCAGGGGGCGCCCGAGGGCUAUACACCAAACGGUGUAGGGUCAAAUCCGCUACAAACAAUGCAAAAUAUGGUGAACCAAACUAAUACCAUGCAAACGGCAGGGUAUGGACAAAUCAAAAGUGAAAGUGGUUCUGUUCAAAUGCAUAAUGGAAUGAUGCAAAGUGCACAAAUGUCAACAUUACAGAGAAUGAACUCUGCUGGUCCGGCGGUAGGAAUGCCAGGCCCUGUUAGUGCGAGUCCGGUGCCGGGCGCGUCUGCGCCGUACGCUGGUCAGCCGUCUAUUCAGCGUCAACAGUCGUACCCAGGAACGCAGAAUAGUGCUCAAGAGCCGCGACAACCGCGACCAGGGGGAACGACGUAUACCAGUGCAAUAAUGCGUAACCAGAGACCGCCUAACGUGAACGUAGGUCCUGAUGGCCUCAACAUAUCUCAGCCUCGCACUCAGCACGAAUGGCCACGACAAAUGGUACCCGGCCCGCAGGGACCUCGGUAUGCAGGACCGCCCCACCAGGGCGGACCGGGUGCAAUGAGUCGACCUCAGAUGUCAGCCGCAAGUAUGAUGCAAUACGGCUCUUAUACAAAUCAAUGUGGUACAAUGAACUCAGUCGCCGGUAUUCAAAUGCAAAGGCAAACUCGACCGAUGCAAAUGAGUGCAAUGCAGUCUCAACAGGCUGCAAUGAUGCAAGGUAGUACACAGCAGAUGAUGAUGCAACAACAGAAUAUGCAAAUUUCUCAAAGGAUGAACAUUCGAGGGCCUAUUCCUGGCGCUUCCGGUACAAUGGCGCCAUCUAUGGACGCUAAUCCUGCUGGUUAUAACGCGACACCAGGGGGCACGCACGGACAUCAGGAGGAUUUUAUAAAUUUAUUAGAUAGUGCACAGACUGGUAACUCUGACUUUAUCGAUGGAAUAACGGUACAGAGUUCAGAUGGGAAUAAUGACGCCAAUUGGCUGGACGAAAUUCUCGGCGCAAAGUGAACGUUUAUUUGAGUUUGUGCUGCUAGAGUAUAAUUUACGUAAUUUGAGAUAUGUUAAAUCAGGGCCACGUGUGAUGUUUUGUUGUCAUCGAAUACACGUUUCCCCGGGUGUUCAAGGGAACCUCGCACAAAAAGGAUUACAGUGCGUCGUUAGCUUAUGCUGAAUGUGUAUUCGAUUGAUUACAUGCGACAGCUAACUACCUCGUCGGGAGAUGUUUGGACAUUUAUGUGGAACAAGUCAUUUCAAGGUCAUAGUGUAUUUUUUAGUGUGACUUGGGCGUCACAGUAAAAACAUCUUGGAUGGAGCAUAUUCCUUAUCCUUAUUCGAUAUGAAAGCUGUGUUGUACUGUACAGUUAACUGAUGUCGAGAUCUCGGAAAUAUUUUUAAUAACGAUUGUACAUCAUUUGUUCAAUGUCUUGUUCCUUCCCGAUCACUCUCAUGUUGUACAUACAUUUUUAUAAGACUUUUUCCCCGUGCGUCAUAGGUCUGUAGCCCCAUGUGUACAUAGUGUUACGACGGAUGAAGACGUUUGUUCUAUUAUAGUAUUCAUUUCCGAACACGUGGCUCGAGAGCUCCACACUCUGAGUCAUGGCUGUGAUUAUGUUAAUUUACUUUUUCAUGACAUGGUAUUUUCAGGUACAUUUAACUCUUUAUACCAGUAUCAAUUUCACUCUCGGUCGUUAAACCUCUUCGUUUACUCUCUUGCUCAACCUUUCGUUCUAUAUAAUCUUUCCUUCUAAAACUUAACGCUCAUUUGACAGCUUUGUUUUUCGCUUCGAAAUGUAUCUUUUUUCCUUCAAACCUCCAAACCAUGCCGUUAUCAAUGCCAUGCUGUGAACUAAAUAUAGAUUACUUUCUUUUUCCGUCACUUUUCAAGCUCAACUUCAGUUAUGUGUGUGCGUGUUUUAUUUGAUUGGUUAUGUUUGAAAAACAUAUCGUGGAAUGUUGCCCUAAUAGUAAGGCAGCUUGAACUAAAUUCUGUUCAGUGGUCGAGCAAAGUUGAUAUGAUUUGACAAUCCUUAAAUAUUUUACCGGCUGUGAUUGAAGCUAACCAUGCGUUUGGGUCCCUGACGUGGCCGCCCGGAGACAGGCCAUCCUUAUUUAUGUAUCAAGGGGCUGUGACGGUGAUCGUACCACUAUGAUCGUCAAACCUUCACGCCUGGCUGGGCACGUCGGGGGUCUUCCGUGACAACAGUGAAUUAUUACUCAGCUUCGAGGUGUUCUUCGAUGUAGAGACAUACAAACAACGGAGCCUCUCGCCGCGUCAAGUGAUUUCCGACUACAGGCGUGGUGACGUUUCAUCUCCAGACAGUUUAAAAAUGUAGUUCUUUUAUUUUUUUAUGUUUCAGUCUUAUUCUCGUAUUUCGUUUGAUUAUAUAUAUUUCAUACGGUCACUGAGUACAGAAGCGUGUCUAUGUAAAAGGUUAAACGUCUUCCCUGUAACGGUCAUGUGUGUAAUGUAAACAUUACACAAGUAAUCAUGACAAUCGACCAAUGAUACUUCAAUCAUCGCAUCGGCUCAGGAAGCGGUUUAGAAUUGAACCGGAAGUGGCUAUGAAUUAACCGGAAAUAGCCACGUUGACAACGAGAAAACAAAAAUGCGUUGGCGGUAUAUUGAACACAUAGGCACACGAGAGAAAGACACGUGUUUUGAUCAGUUUACUCUUGUUUAGGUCCUGUUGAGUCCGUGAUGCGAGGUAGGAAGGAAUGGUGGCUUUUGUUUCGCCUAGUCUUCCGCAAAGUACUAAAUUGUUUACUUGCUAUACUUGCUGCUUGUAACAAGGCAUUAACUAAUCUAACUUAAAGACAUUAAUCGGCACAAGUCAUGUCACCCUUUGCUCUCGAAUUAGCAAGCACGAUUUUUGUUAGAUUGAUAUUGAUGAGUCUAGCGUGGCGUCAAUAGAAAAAAAAACUUAUAACUUCCACUGUUAAAACGAGCACAAUCAAAGUCUAGCCAUAAUCCGCUGAUUUCAUGGGUUAACGUUAAUCAAAUGAUAUUGUCACAUAUUUCGUCAUUUUUGUAUAUUUUUAUGAGUGAUUGAUUUUAGAUAUUCAAGUGAAGAAUUCAUACCGCGAUCUUGAUUUUACCAGACAUUUUAGUAAAGUUAAACAAUUUAUUUGAUAUUCUGAUAUUUUCCUACCGACGUGAUGAGAGCUGUAAAGGUAUGAAGAGCGUGCGUGAGGGUGAAGUGGGAGUGUGCUGGAGUCGAAUGUUCUCAUUUAACAUGUCUUAUGUAAACUCUUUCACAAAAAAUAUUUGAAUAGAUUACUGUUUUUUAAAUCAUAAUUUUUAGAUAUGUUGCAUUGUAUUUGAUAAAUUCUGUUUGAAAACAAGAAUCUCAUCGGCGAAUGAAAUUUUUACCCUAUAAAAUCUGCCGCGUGACUCCCAUGACAAGUGACCACACAAACAUCGCUUACUACGGGGCUGACAGUAUUAACAGUAUUUUAAUAUAUACCUAAUUAUAUUUUAUUUGAAGUUUGUAUAUUUGUUGAUUUUUUUCGUUUCACACAAAUACUGUAAUACUGUAUAUAUACUUAGUGUGUCAGUGUAUCAGAUGCCAUUCUAAGUAAAUUUUCUUAACAACCUUACAAUGAUGAAGGUCGCAAAGGUUUUAAAUAUAUGCAAUUUUAGUGAUUAAUUGUUCUCAGGUAAAUAUGGAUUACCUGUAUGGACACGUGCUUCUUUCAUCUGUCGCUCAUCUUUAUUCAAUAUUGCAUUAUUAUUUUAAAAUUAAAUUUUGAAACAAGUAUUUGGUUGCUACGGGAUAAUUCAUUAUAGAAAGAUACUGUCAUAGUUAAUGAAUUUACUGUCAAGGAGGUAAAUUACAUUUUCAGCCGCUUUAAAAGUCUCAACCGUUUUUUAAGGAUUUCAAACGAAACGGUUUCUUAUGUUAAAGAUUUUGAUUUAUUUCGCUGUUAAUCUGUUCAUCAUUCAUUACAUUUCCUCGUAUUCCUCUGUCCAUGUUUUACAUGUGUCAGAUAGCGUGGGACCAAAUAUUAUCAAGAUUCAUAGAAAUCAUUUUCAUACCGACUCUCGAUCCAUUGUUAUAAGUAUUGUAUUGUCCUCACCUCAACUCCCGCUGUCUCUUCCUCGUAGAUAUUGUAUCGGAGAUAAAUACGAAAAAGCUUUUGAAGAUAUCAAAUGAAUGAUGAGAGCGUUUGCAAUUAAAUGUCGCCAUCUUUCAAAUUGAAAUUGUACCAUAAAAAUGAUAAGAAUCGACCCUGUUGAACAGAUUGUGAUAUGACUGGUUUUCUCGAUACUUUGUAAUUUUAAUUGGCAUAACUUUAUUGGAAAUUAAUUACUCUUAUAAUAGAAAGUGUCCGAAAUAGUGAGGGACCACAUUGUGAUAUGUAUAUAAAGGCGACUUUCAUCGCAAAACACGGGAGAUAACUCUGAAGAGGGGAGCUAACUCUCCAUCAGUCGUUCAAUGUUCGACAAGGAGAUGGACAGUCUCCGAGCAAUUUCAACCCUAGGUAUUGAAACAUCACCAUUAAGACAUUAAGAUAUAUAAUGAAUGUUGUUAUACUUGCUAUCAUUUUCACUAAAUUCAACUACUUAAUUUAAAGUUUGUUAUCAUUUCAUUUUAUAUUUUUGCCAAAAAUAACUGAACAAGAAAAACUUUCUGUUGUUAACUAUUGUGUAUUAUAAUACUGAUGUUGCUAUUAAAA